CAACGUAUUGCUUCCUCUUCUUCCUCUUCUCUACCAUUCCAACGUAUGGGUCUCACCACUUCCUAACUUUCUCUCUCUAUCUCUCUUAUAUCUUCUUGAUAACUAUGAAGAAGCCAUCUCAAUUCAGAUCCAAUCAUACCCUUCUCUUCUUUCUCUGAUCACCAAACUAGCACACAACAACAACAACGACUCGGGUUCUGUAUUACAAUUUGGCAGAAGGAUGGCGAUGUUAGUUGAGCCACCAAAUGGGAUUAAACAACAAGGGAAACAUUACUACACGAUGUGGCAAACAUUGUUCGAAAUCGAUACUAAGUAUGUUCCAAUUAAACCCAUUGGAAGAGGAGCUUACGGUGUGGUUUGUUCUUCCAUCAACCGAGAGACCAACGAGAGAGUCGCCAUUAAAAAGAUUCACAAUGUGUUUGAGAAUCGAGUUGAUGCUUUGAGAACGUUGAGAGAACUCAAACUUCUUAGGCAUGUGAGGCACGAUAAUGUCAUCGCGCUUAAUGAUGUCAUGUUGCCUUCGAAUAGAUCGAGUUUCAAAGAUGUUUAUUUGGUUUAUGAGCUAAUGGAUACUGAUCUUCAUCAGAUCAUCAAAUCCUCUCAGACUCUCUCUGAUGAUCACUGCAAAUACUUCUUGUUCCAGUUGCUUAGAGGAUUGAAGUAUCUUCACUCAGCAAACAUCCUUCACCGAGAUUUGAAGCCUGGAAAGAUAUUCGCAGAGAUUCUUGGCAGAAAACCGAUUUUCCCGGGAACUGAAUGUCUCAACCAGCUUAAGCUGAUCAUUAAUGUCGUUGGUAGCCCAGAGUCAGAUAUCAGGUUCAUAGACAACCCAAAAGCUCGGAGAUUUAUAAAGUCUCUUCCUUUCUCGAGGGGUACGCAUCUAUCAAAUCUCUACCCGCAAGCCAAUCCUCUAGCUAUAGAUUUGUUACAGAGGAUGCUCGUGUUUGAUCCAACCAAGAGAAUCUCUGUAACUGAUGCGCUGUUACACCCUUACAUGGCCGGACUGUUUGAUCCUGGAUCAAAUCCGCCUGCACAUGUCCCCAUCUCUCUUGACAUAGACGAGAACAUGGAGGAACGAAUGAUCAGAGAGAUGAUGUGGAACGAAAUGCUUUAUUACCACCCUGAAGCUGAAACCCCAAACGCCUAAUCAUCAUCAUCAUCAUCAACAAGAGUAAGCUUUGUUCCAGUUUUUUUUUUUGGUUUUUUUUCUUUCCUAUAAUGCAGCUUUGAUGUUAUGUUGUAAAGCGAGUCCAUAAACGCGUAAACAGAACGAUAAAAGCCAGUCCGGUGCUUUUGAUCUCGCAUGUUUAAUUAGUUGCAGUGAGUGAGUGAGUAGUAACAGCGUUUGAAGAGCUGAUCAGUAUCUCUUUUCCACUUUGUAAAUGUGAAUCACAGACUGUUUGUUACUAGGUAAGUUAAGGCUCUUUUAUUAUCU